AUGGAUAAUGAUUCUUUUGUAAGCCCAUACUUUUCAGUACAGCAGAACUUCAAAAACUUAUCGGUUCAAUAUCCACCAGUCGGUCGCGCCAGGCAAAAUUACUACUCAGAAACCGGCUCAGCUCGCCCAAGACGAAACAGCGCCGGGGGAGACCUUUCUGAUCAUAUAUCCAAACUUAUCGCUGAAAACGCGUCUAUAGUCGGCAAUCAAAACGCGAAAUCAAGUUCCAAACCUUCUGACAGGAAGCGCGUGACGAAGGGACCAUGGCGUUAUGACGAGCGAAUUCAGCAGCUUGGCUACCAACCAAAUUCUUCCGGUCCCUCACGAAGUCAAGCCUCGAAAGUAAGAAGAAACUCACUUCCUGUCCAGCCUAUUGGAUUUACUCGAGAUAUUUUAAGACCAUAUCCAGCGCACGAUUUUCCUCAGCGAGCAGUUAAAAGACGAGCUUCUCUUCCUACAGCUCCAGCUUUCUCAAUGGCACAAAAUAGUCAACAGAAUAACGAGAUUUCUUGGCGAGUCAAUAUGCCUAGCAGCAGUUUCGCCCAACAAGCAUCUCGACCAAGCGUCAUCUGCGAAAACCCAAUCUACCGAUCAAACAAACGCGAGCAAGAAAAACAAUCGGAAGAACCGAUGAAUGUCGACAACAAGUCAGAUGACGAAGAUGAAGACAUCAUCGUUGUCGAUGAAGAGGAGGCUCCUCAAAGAUACGACUCUGCGCCAACCUUCCCCGUUCAGGGAAUGUCUUCGAUGGAUCAUCCAAUGUCGGUGAUCAAAUCCAUUCAAAUACCUUCUGAAGACAAUCAGAUGCUCUCUUCUUCAGCAUAUCAAGAUCAAUCUCAAAGUUCAAAAAAUCAUGUUUCAUCGGCGAAAAGUGGUCUCAACGCAGAAGUAAUAAGUGCGUUACAGGAGGUCGAAUAUCGCGCGAAAAAAACGGCAGAAAACUGCAACACAAAUGAAAGCUCCCAGGACGCCGGAACAGUGAAUUUCGUCGGCGACGGAGCAGCGCGAAAGCCUGUUCUGUUCAACCCUAUCCCGGAUGGUCAGGGUGCAACGGCUACUACAGUUCCCGAUGCGGAAAUAGGCAGCGAUGAUGAAGAUACUCGCCCCUACAAGUGCAAUCAUUGUAAUAAAGGUUUCCGAAUUUCUGGCCAUCUUGCUCGCCACAUGAAAUCAGACACACAUUUGAGACGGAUGCAAGAACUCGCUGAGUUACAAGGAGGGAGCCUCUUUGAAGCUCAGCAGAGGAGGCGCUUCAACGACGAGCCCACCCAUUUCGAUGAAAUUGCUAAGGAUAUCCCACAAUCAAGCGCCAUGCAACUGCCGAUACCACUCCCUGUUCAGCCACCAGUUCCUUUUAAUCCGGCUGCUCUUCAGACUGCCUUAUUGCAAAGUCACCUUCAAAAUUUGACUCAGCCGCCAUAUGCCCGCUCGUUGCAUAAUUCCUGUGAAGGGAUACAAAAAAGUUCACCGCGAAAAUCCCAAGAAUCCGGUUUCCGGGCUUGGAAUUGA